GAUAGCAGCCGAGGGGAUUUCCCUGCGUUCUCGGUGUCGAGUGGUGUGUGAAUCAGGAGCCGGGCCUGACAGUGGUCGGGGACCGGAGCCCGGAGCCGCGAGGGUUUGGUAGGGGGAGACUCCAGCGCCUUGCGUCGGUCUCCACACCCUCUCAGCACAUCCAUAGUCUGUAAAGAGGCGGGUCCCCACCGCAGCUGUCCGAGGGCAGUGUACUUUGGUAGUGAUGUGACUGGGAGGGCACCUCCUACCGCCAGCCAAGCGAGGUCUUGGUAGGUCAACAGGCAGGUGCCAGGGCUCAGUGAGGCCGUCUUCCCGGUGGUGAUAGGAGUAACAGCGUCCCUUCACAUUGCAUCAGAAUUAGGUUCUAAUUUCAAGUUUUGGAUUUCCCACAAGAAUGGGGGGAAUUGACGAUGAUAAACAUUAUUUUAUUGUGAUAAAAGAGUUCAGUUCAAGCAAAAAACGGAUCCAGAAAGGGUACUUGGGAUAUUUCAUCCACAGAGGAACUGGGGAGAGGUCUGUCACUGUGGAAAACUGCAGGCAAGUAGUAAAUUUCCAGGAAGCAAAUCUGAAAGAAAUCACCAAGGAUGAAGCAGAGUUGCUUGUUGAGAUCCAGGAUGCUUCUCGUCGAUAUGAGCUCUUUCAGAAUGAAAGCCUCUUCAGGUCCAUUUCUAAAGUACAUAUUAAUGAUGUCGUUCAACUGCGAGAGGACACCAAGUCAGUAGGAAUUGUUAAAAAUAUUGAAAAUUCCCGAAGAAGAAAUGGAUUGGGAUUACAUGGAACAUUGUUUCAAGUACUCUUGAUGGAAGACCAUCGUGCACCGCGGAAGAAAGCUGAGCAGUGCAUCAGAGUUAAUGCAGGAGAACUCAUUCAUGUCAGUACUGCUGAAGUAGAGCUACCUGAUCCAGAAAAUGGAAGCACUUACCAGCGUGGAGUUCCAUCCGAACAUAACAGUACGUCUCAGCAAAGAUCGAGAAAGUCGAAAUCAAAUGAAGCUUCAGCAUCAUUUGUCUCAUCCAUUUCCAUCCCAGGCCACGGAAAGAAUUCUUCCACCCACACUUCCGACGCUCUUACGCCAACCAACCCUCGUCUGUCUGAAAAUCUGGCUCUUGAGGUUGGAUCAAUGGUGGAGGUUCAAUUACCUAAUAAUGCUGUUGUCUUUGGAGUUAUUAGGUGGAUUGGUACACCAGAAGGGAACAGACAUCAGUUUGCAGGAAUUGAAUUGGACUAUGAGCUAGAAAAUGGCAGUGAUGGAACAUUUGAGAAAAAUCGUUAUUUUGAAUGUGAACAGAACAAGGCAAUGUUUAUGCAACUUAGUCGUUGUAAACCAGAUGCACGUUUUCUCACAAAUGAACUGAAGGAUGUACAUAAAACGCCAGUUUUUACACCAGCAAAACUAAUUCAAGAUGAUCUCACCAUUGAAGAGGAUGUUCCCCCAGUACAUGAGGAUGAAGUCCUGCAUUUGAUGGAAGGGAGAAGGAAAGGGAUCCAAGGACAUUACAAUUCUUGUUAUCUGGACUCCACAAUUUUCAGUUUGUUCACAUUCACUUCAGUGUUGGACAGUAUACUUCACAGGCCUGGGGGACACGAUGAGAAGAUUCAACAAAUACUAAGGGAAGACAUAGUGAACCCAUUACGAAAGACUGGGUUUGUGAAUGCGAAGAAGGUGAUGAAGUUGAGGAGGCUAUUAGGAAGUGACACGUUUAUAUCGGCAGAAAAGGAUCCAGAAGAAUUUAUUAAUGUCCUACUGCAUGAGGUCCUAGCAGCUGAUCCUUUGCUAAAGAUCAGGUCAGGCGAAAAAAUUCAGGAGAGCAAUUGUUAUCAGAUAAUCCUGGAGAAAGAUGAUAAAGUGAAAGUGCCAACAGUACAGUUUCUCCUGGAGAGAUCCUUCCUGUCUUGUGACCUAAAAUUUGAGGAGAUCCCGUCAUGCCUAUUGGUGCAAAUGCCAAGGUUUGGAAAGCAGUUUAAAAUGUACACUGAAAUUAUGCCCUCACUAGAACUAGACAUUACAGAUUUACUCCAUAACACUCUGAGGCAGUGCUUCAUUUGUGGAGUGGUAGCGGAAUAUGAAUGCGUUCAGUGCCUUCUGGAUCCAAUGCUUAGCCCGGGUGCUAUAAAACAGUACUGCAAUACUUGCAAUAAUCAGGUUCAUUCCCACAAAGAGAGGAAGGAUCACCAAUUUAGAAAAUUUUCAUCUCCGAACAAUGUUUUUGUUAAAGUCCCUUUUCCACGACACAAGAUGGAAUUGUUUGCUGUUCUUUGUAUUGAAACCAGUCACUAUGUUUCCUUUGUGAAAUAUGGGUCCGGCAUACAUUCCUGGCUGUUCUUUGACAGCAUGGCUGAUCGGAUUGGUGACGAGAAUAUCCCAGAGAUUACAGCUUGUCCACAAAUAGGUGAUUACCUGAUGAUGUCAGAAGAAAAGCUGUCUUAUACCAACCUGAAGCAGCUUGAUGGAUUUGCCAAAAGACUUUUCUGUGAUGCCUACAUGUGCAUGUAUAGGAGCCCAAGAAUGUGUUUGUAUAAGUGACUCGUGAGACAAAAUGCCUGAGUGACACUGUGGUAGGCAUUUAUUUCGCUGAAGGCCGGUACACCAGCAAUGUAACAAGGAUUAUCAAUUGCUUCAUAUUUAUCAAAUAAUAUACUGGGCAUUAUAAAACAUUGUGAACAAUGCCACUUUGGAUUUUACCUUUAAGUCACAUUUUAAGUGAAUGUUCAGCUGCAAUUUUUUACAGAAAUAUAUUGGAGAAUUAGAGAAUUUAAGUGAAAGAUGGAAGUAGGUUUUGCGGGGAGGUAUAUAAUAAUUCUGCUUUGGUUUAAAACUAAUGAAAGAAAUUGCUGAUUAUCAGGAACCAACCAAUAUGAAGAACUUGGAUGUGCAUAAAUUAUAUAAUUAGCAUGCAAAUAUUUUGAAUAUAUUGCAUAAAAACAGCAUCAUUUGGUCUACAGAUAACUCAACUGCACUAACAUCUCUGCGUGCUUGGUUCCUAUUAACACUGCCAGAAUCAAUCAAUGGUGCAGAAAAUAAUUGGAUUUGAUUUGAAUUUUAUGAAAUUUUUGGCAAAUGAUUUUAUCUCUUUCCAACUAAUCGUCAUGACUCAUUCCAUAGUGCACAACAGUACAUUUUUAGCCUUUUUACCAGAAAAGCCACUUGAUGUCCAGAACAUGGUGGUCAAACGACCAGUCAGUGCAACAGUUUGAGAAAGCUUUGAGUGUGUACUCCUACCUUGGACUUACCUGAGAAAUUCAUUGGAAAAAAACUUGUAACCCAAAUUGUACUUUACACAACGAUUUCAAUGAAUUUGAAGUAUAUUACCGAGUAGACUGAGUGGAAAUAAAAACUCGGUGUGUGCACUUUAUUCAAGGACUCUUCACAAAUUGUUUCUGGAACUUUCUGCAUAUUGUGUAAGUCACAGCACGAUUGCCAGAAAUGUUCCUUCACUUAUGCUUCUUAGGAAAUCUGGACUGUUUUUAUUCAUUGUUGUAUAGGUUAGAGAAAAUAUUGUAAUGCACUGUUCAUGUCACCUGUUUCUUUAAUGACUCCUUUACUGUGUAAACUUUAUAUUUUUAUUCUUGCAUUUGGAAUUUGGCAGUAAGUGAAAAAGUACUUCAUCUUUUGCUUUUCAUAAAUUGUUUAGACUGAAAUUAUCUGAAUAGUUGUAAAUUAUCUGAUAGGAAUUCUGGAAAGCUAGCAGAGAUAGAUCUUAAAUUGUCUGCUGGGCACUCUGUAGUGGGCAUGAUUGCACCAAUUUUACUUGUAAUCCCUUUGGCUGUGUAUUAAUACAAGAACAUUGUUCACAUCCUUUAAUAAGACAGGAGCAGAUGUAGGCCAUUUGGUCCAAUGCAUCAGCUUCACCACAUCAUGACUCAAUCUCCCCCAACCCCAUUCGCCUGCCUUCCCUCUGUAACCUUUGAGAUCUUUACUAAUCAUAGCCUAUCAACCUGCACUUUAAAUAUACCCAAUGACUUGACCUCCACAGCAAGCUGUGGUAAUAAUUCCAUAUGUUUGCCACUCUCUGGUUUAGAAAUUCCUCUGCAUCUCUGUUCUAAAGGGAUGUCCUAGUAUUCUGAGGCUGUGACCUCUGGUCCUAGACUCCCUCACUAUAGGAAACAUCCUCUCCACAUCCACUCCAUCUAGCCCUUUCAAUAUUUGAUACAUUUCAUUGAGAUUCCCCCCCUCCCCCAUUCUUCUAAAUCUAAUGGAAUGGAGUCUUGUGGGCUACCUCAGAAAUUGUUUUCUAUUAUUAUUUACAUCUUCACUCUUCAUAAACAUUUGUCUACUUGAUAUUUACGAUAUUCAAUGGUUUUGCACAAGUUCUUCAGUAAUCCUGCUUUGCAGAAGUUACAGGGUUAUUAUCCCAUCCUUUAGUGGACAAAUUGACUUAAAAAAAAACAGCUUGGACUUUAGUCCAUCCAUUAUUUAUUCAUGUUAACCUCAAAAUUGGUGUGAUUGUGCACCCACUACUAUUUCUUAUAGGGCCAGUCCACUACCCACAGCGGAAGAAUUUUCUCUGUUCAACCUGAAGUGAUCUUUGACUUCCACUCAAGAUGGCACCUGCAUACAACGCUCCUUUGGUCAACAUCUGGAUAGAUCAUGGAACCAUCUUUUUCACUUUUGUGUUUGUUUCUCAUCUUGAAUGUGAUUCUGGAACUGUUGGAGCCUGUGUUUUGCUUUUUGGAUGUUCCAUCAAUCUACAGUCUCCAAGAGGAAGAGGCUGUGUGUGCAAACCUCGUAGUGGGCAGGCUGCAAGAUGAGGUGUAAACCACUGUUUGGCUCCAUUUUGAUGAUUAAAGCAUCAUAAUGAGUGCAGCGGGUAAGCACCAGGUGCUUGCAUUUUGAUUGGUACUCUGUAAUGGAGAGGAGAGUGCCUACUGCUGCACUCCAAGUGUUGCUCAGGUUUUUGCUGCAGUUGGAGUGUGGACGUAGACUUGGACUAUAGACUCUUUUUUUGCCAGGCUUAUAAGUUUUGUAUUUAUUUUUUGCCCAAUCUUCUCAGGGUUUUUUUUUAAUGUGCAGAAGGAAUCUGUUCUGUUUGUUUUUUUUGUGUGGGAGGAGGGAUUUGGGGGUUGAUGUGCCUGAUCCGUUUUCGAAAUUUUUUUUGGGCAGGAGGAGAGAUUUAGGAGUCAAUAUGCCUGUUGUUUUUUUUUUAUUGUGGGGAAGAAUAUUUGAGAGUUGAUGAUUGUGUUGCCUUUCUUUGUUUCAUGACUACUGAGAGAAUUGAAUAAUUUCAGUUGUAUACUUUAAUAAAUGAACCUUUGAAAUGGUAACUAUUUCUGUCCAAUUUGCCCAAGAUUAGCAAUAAAUGAGUUACAAAUUUCUCAAGAACCCAUUCAUUGAAAAGUUACUGUUCAUGCCCUAUUGAAUUCACCCCUCUGUGCUCAUUUGUAACCUUGGUAUCAUGUUUAACUGACCUGAGUUUUGACCACAUAUUUUCACACACUGCAUUGUCAGUUGUUCUCAUAUUAGACAGUCAUCCUUCUGUAACUUCUGACCUCAACUAUUCCAAUGCUCCUCUGGGCAGCAACCCUUCCUCCACUUAAUAAAAUUAUCACUUACUGAUCAUUCCCUGUACCUGAUAAAUGACAUGGGUUCUCAAUCCACCAACAUAAUUUAAAAGUUCACAAUAUCCUGCUGCAAUCCAUGCAUGACCUCACUGUUCCCACCCUUUCACUCUUCCAAUUUCACCUUAAUUACCUCCAGAACCACUCCAGUUCAAUUGAUAUUACCUUAGAAACAUUGCUCUGCAAACCUUAGAACUGAUUCUACAAGAUAUUUAAGGAUGUAGAUUUUUUUUUUGAAAGAUUGGGGAAUGGAGGACUGUGGGAUCUUCUGCAAAAAUGGAAAUGAGGUCUGGGCAGAUCAGCCUGACUAUAUCUAAUAUCAGGAUUGCAUUGGCUUGGCCUGGCCUGCUCCUGCUCCUAUUUUCUAAUGUUCUGUGCGGCACCCCCAGAACUACCUGAUUUUGUCUACAAGAAAUUAAGGGGAUCUUUAUCUCCUCAGUGAAUGGUUCUGUUGGAGGCCUAAUCAUAAAUUAUAAAGUACAGGAGAAUAAAAAAAUAAAACUCAUUUCCGCAUAGAUGUUUCAUAUAACUUGAUGUUAAAAUGCUUUUCAAUGUUAUUAAACAAUUGAAGCAACCAAUUCUAUAAAAAGGCUUUUCCAUGCUUUUUGCUGAUGAAGAAAGCAGCAGUACUCUGUUCAUCUUUACACAGGACUUCUCUCAACAUGGACCAACAGAUGGGUUGGGCAAAAGAAUAAACUUGAUGCACUGGAUCAGCCACAUUAAUUAAGAAACUCGAGGCCAGUAGGCUUCUACUUCUGUUCCCAUUACACUGGAAAACAUCAAAACUCCCCUCAGGCCAAGGAUGUGAACUUCCAAACGUGUAAUGUAGAGAAUCAGACAAACUAGCUCUUCAUAGCUGUAAAAGAUACUACAUUGAAGGAAAGAUGAUCAGACACUCAAUGCAUUCAGGCCUUAUCUCUGUAUUGUCAUUUUCCAUUUUAGAAUUCUGAGAUUAUCAUUAGUUUAAAAGCACAAAGCAGAUCACCAUUAGCUAAACCUCUGCAAAAUACAUUCAAGGGAUUUCCCCCCUUGCAAUAUUAUUGGAUAAUCAAAAUUAUAUGUACUUUUAAUAUUUACAUUAUGUUCAUGCUUAAGACAGGAUACAAUGCAAGAGGAUGAUUAAAAUGAAUGGAAUACUUCCGGCUUGAUUUUUGAUUGGCUUGGUGUGGUUCACUGCCCUGAAAUAAGGGCCUUGGACAUGUAGCUGCUCUCUCAACUCCAGAAAUGGCACCUCCAAAUGCACACAGAGGGAACAUUUUGGCAAUUUGAUGCAGUAUUAGAAGUUAAACCUGAUGUGAUGGCCAUCAUAAAAUUGAUGAGGAAGGGAACCUACAAAUUUAAAAUCCAUUUCUUGCAACCUGUAUCCAGCCUUAUGGCCAAGGUAACAAUCAGUGGAUACUAAUUACAAACCAAAAACCAGGAGAGAUUCUAUUUAUAAUGCCCAAAUUAAAUGUUUCCAUUCUUGGCAUUUGCAAUAUUCUGGCAGCAAGCAUAGUUCCAAUUUGCUGCCUUAAGACUUACAACCCACUUAAUAUCUUGCUCUAAAACAGCAUGUCCAGAGUGUUUGAAAAUUACUGUUAUAGCUAUGUACCAAACCAAACAAGCAAGACAACAAUUUCAGUCACAGCUAGCAAACCCAGAUUCAACACAGUUUGGAAUAGCAGCUGCACAUCAUUGCAAUUCAGAAACACUAGAGAGGCAGAGAUCAAUAAAUUUUCUAAGUUAUAACAGCAAUAAGACUAUGGAUUGUGGUUAGACACAGAUGCUAUAGCAAUUAAACAUACAAAUACAUAACUAAUCAUAUGAUAAACUGUAAUUUUAACACUACUGAGAUCCUGCUAAUUCAAGUGUAUGCAGAGCACCAACUAUACUCUGUUUGCCGAGGCAUAAUUUGGAGGCCUCCUACUGAUCCUACAUAAAUACAUCAUAAAUGAAAUAUUUCAAGUUCAAUCAAAGGUAGUAAAAAUAUCUAGUUAUCAAGGCAAGGUAAAAGUUGCAUGUAUAUAGUUUAGAAAUGGACAGAUGUGGGAGAGAGAUGAAUAUAAAUUGGAAAAAACCAUCAUGCAUGUACACCAGAUUUUUCUGAACUCGGGUUCACGGGUUUAAAUACAAAGCCAGAUUUAAAUUAGGGGUCUGGAGAUAACUGUUUCUCCUAUAAUACUGUGAUGCUCAGAGACCUACUAACACCUCAUGCCAUGGAUAUCAUUUUGUUCAAUGCCCUGAAGCAGAAGCUGCACUGUUUCAAGGUAAAUCAGAGACCUCUUCUAACAACGGGUAGGUUUUGCAAGGAGCUAUCACCAGGACUCAAGUAACGGAGA